GAGGAUAAACAGGGUCUCAGGCAGAGGAGAGUCUACAGAAGAGGAGAGUUCAGAUACAGUGAUGCCACCACUCUGUGCUGUUCUUGUGCUUUUCAGCAAAGUCUAUGGUCUGCUUGGGAAUAUAAUUCAGCCUGACACGCUGGUGCGAGCUCAGAUCGGAGACACCGUGACUCUCCCAUGCUACUGCCUGGCACAAGAAGUACCCUAUAUCAGCUGGUUUAAGCAGCCUCUUGGACAGAAGCCUCAGCUUAUAGUAAAACAUAUUUACUAUGAAACAGGACCUGAAUUAUUCAAUGAGUUUAAAAACAUUAAACGUUUCAGUGCAAAGGCACAAAAGGGGAGCUUCAACCUGACUCUAUCACAAGCAGAACCAUCUGAUUCAGCCACAUACUACUGCACUACUACGGAUUUCAUUGCAAUCAGCUUUGGAGAUGGAACUACUUUAAUGGUCAUGGGUAAAUAUGAAUCAUUGUUGAUGCCUUACACUUGUUCAGAGUCACACAACAGGACAGUAGUACUGCAGCAGCCCGAGUCUGAGUUGCUGCAGCCAGGAGACUCUGUGACUCUGCAGUGUACAGUACACACUGAGACCUGUGCAGGAGAACACAGUGUGUACUGGUUCAGAAAGGGCUCAGGAGAGUCCCCUCCAGGAAUCAUUUACACCCAUGGAAACAGGAGUGAUGAGUGCCAGAGGAGCUCUGGGGCUGUGUCUCCCACACAGAGCUGUGUCUACAACUUCCCCAAGAGGAACCUCAGCCUCUCUGAUGCUGGGACUUACUACUGUGCUGUGGCCACCUGUGGGGAGAUCCUGUUUGGGAACGGAACCAAGCUGGACGUUAAGGGAAAUGAAGCCCUUCCUCUUUAUUGCUUGGCGGGAGCUUUGAUGUUGAGCGUGAUCCUAAAUAUUGUCCUGGCUCUGAACAGUAGAAAAAGCUGUAAGAAUUGCAAAGGAGCUGCAUCAAACAACCAAGCGAGCGGAGAAGACCUGGUGAGAAAACAGAGUCAAGAGGCAGCAAUGAAUUACGCUGCUUUGACAUUCACCACCAAGAACCCCAAAGUGAGGCGGAACAAGAGGGAAGUGGAGAAAGAAACAGUUUACUCCGAUAUAAGAUUUAAAGACCGCGAGUGAAGCUUUUCGUAAAAAUUAAUCACAAAAAUGAUCAAACUGUUUCCUCACUAGAGUUGGUGAACAUAUGCCAUGUGGUUGUAAAUGAUCUCACAUUUACUGGAUUUGCCAAGAGCUGUGCUUGUUCUUAUAUUUUUGCUGUUUUUCAAAUACACAAAGUAAAACUUGUACAGUAUACUCCCUGA